UACUGGUUCAAACUGUUUAAAGUGUUACUCUUUAAUCUUUACUUAUCUUCAGUAACUUACGCCAUUUAACCUUGGAGCUAGUUUAUGAAUGUAGUUUGAUUUAGUAUUGUAAAUUGUAUCAGUUGUAACUUUGAUUUCAGCGGGGAAAGAAUAUCCCAAACAUGCUCAUUGCAACUAUAGUAUCAAUUUUGUCCUUUCCUUUCGAAUUCAUUUAUUGGAUUAAGUGGAUCAUUGUAUACGUCACAGUCCGGAUACACACUGCAAAGCAUCGUCGAAGAUUUGAUUUGUACGAUCCCACAAGCGAUGAUCCUGAAAAACUGGGUAUUCUCGUUCCCCAAGUUGAAACUGAUUUAGAAUCACCUCAGUCGGAAAAACAUUUACAAGUGUCCGCAGAUGAAGUACUGUUCUACGGAAUAAAUUCAAAAGCGGAAUGUGUUCUGGUCCGCAUCACAAGAGGAUGCAAUCAAGAAGCCGAAGCUUGGAUAUAUUUGAAAUUGGCUGAUGGCACGACUUAUCAUUUGGUUGAGCACGUCAAUUACCAACAACCAUUUGAGGAGAAAUGCCUGGUAUUUUCUUGCGGGAACUUACAAAUGCAUUAUUUGUCACCGAUGAGAAGAUGGAGAAUACAAUACUGUGGCUCUCUAAUAAAGAAAUCUGAAAAGAAAGAGUUUCCAGAUGAAAAGGCUUUUGUGAAUUUUGCAUUCUUGUGGUAUGCAUCAUCUGACGUGUAUGAUCCAACACUAACUACCAAUCCAAAAGGAUUCGCAAGUGCUAUCGCGAACUCGGAAUGGGAGUUCCCUUUUCAUCCACCAGUUCAAAAAUUCGUAGAGAGCAUGAAUUUUUACUGUCAAAUGGGUAAUUUAAGAGGGACGAUUUCUGUAAAUGAAGAGCCAGACUACGAGAUUAAUUUGUUUGGAGAAAAAAUAAGAAAUUUAGGAGAUAUUUCUCAUACCGCUGGAUGUCAGUUUGAAAAUUUGAUUGGAUAUGUGCCAGAGAAUGGUUAUGGGUUUCAUUUGUUGAAAGCAUCAGUCCCAAAAAUUUUCAAAAAUAUGUCUGCGGGAUUCCUCAUUGAUCCUCUCGGAGAUAUUAGCGUAAUCAAAGAAAUUGAUGUAAAGACAUCCAGUCAAGUAACGCCAUUGCAACCUAUAGAAGCGAGAUUUUCAACAGGGGCGCCUUAUAAAUUAGAUGGAAGUAUGUCUGAUGUACCUAUAGUAUUAUAUAGUGGUCAGAGGCAAAGCAUAUUUAUAAAACUUUUUUUCAUCAAAUUCUCAUUUCAAAAUAGUACUGGCUAUGGUUUAUUUUUAUCAGGUGAAGUGUCUAAUGAGAUAACAAAAGCCAAGAUCCCCAUGCUUCACGCAUUGUGUCCUAAAGAGGUUCCUCUAGUUGUCAAGUUUACAGAUGAAAUAGCUCAGUUUGGUGAUAUUUCUGGCGGAAAGGGAUCUUCUUUGGGAAAGCUCACAAAAUUGAGCCGAAAAGAUAAAUCGUUCAUUGUGCCUAAAGGGAUUAUUGUUACAACAUCAGCAUAUGAAGAGUUUUUGACCCCUGAUAUACUGAAUGGAGUGAAAAAAUUGGAAAAUGUUGCUUAUGGUAAGAUUGAGGGAGAUAUAAAACAAGAAUGUGAAGUAGUUUCCAAAUGUAUUUUAAGUACAGAAUUGGAAAGUAAAAUAUGUCUCAGAAUAGCGGACAACUUGAAAAGGGUUUUUGGAGAUGAAUUUAAGAGCUACAAGUAUGCAGUGAGAUCUUCUGCAACAGGCGAGGAUACCGAUGUAAUGUCUGCAGCCGGUCAAAUGGAUACUUAUUUGGGAGUUCAAGGACUAAAAGAAAUAUUCUACGCAGUCAAAAAAUGUUGGGCUUCUCAAUUUGGACAUAUAGCUGUUGAGUACAAAAGACAAAAUGGACAGAUUUUAAAUUCUCCAAUGGCUGUUGUCAUUCAAGAAAUGGUGGCUUGUGAAGUUGCUGGCGUUAUCUUUACAUGUGACCCUGUUAAUAAUAAUCCGGAUAUUAUCACAAUAACGGCUAAUUAUGGAUUAGGAGAGACUGUUGUAUCUGGAUCUGUUGAACCGGACACAAUUAUGCUUGAAAGAUUUGAUAAUAAUGAACUGAAAAUCAAAUCUGUAAAUGUUGGAUCCAAACACCAAAAAAUUGUUUUAAAAGAGUCUGGAGGAACAGAGGUUGAAGAUUUACUGGAUGACUCUAAAUCGGGUGCUUGUAUAAACGAAGAAAAAGCAAUAUAUCUUGGAAAAUUAGCUAUCAGAGUGGAGCAAUUUUACCACUCAUCCAGAGACAUUGAAUGGGGUUUAUUAAACAAUAAAAUAUAUCUUCUCCAGAGUCGACCAGUCACAAGUGGAGGAUCGCUUACUGAAUUUGAGUUAAAGCAUGAAUUUGAUUGUAUUCUGAGAAGUGAAAGAGAUUACUUCACUGUAGCAAAUGUGGGAGAAGUUAUGCCAGGUGCAACAUCACCCUUAGGGGUAGAAUUAUUAUGCAAAUAUUACAUGGUUGCUUAUAUCAAACAAGGAUUAAUAGAUGAACAAGCGGCAGCCUGGGCUAAAAGUUUUUAUUAUCCGAUAAUUUUACAGCAAUUUUACAACCAAAUUGUUAUGCCUGUUCCUGAGCUAAUUGCUAGGUAUGGACACGAUACAUUAUUUUCUAAAGGAUUCAGUAUCAGCAUGUUUGGAAGAAUUUUGGAUGAUCCAGACUUAAUAGAAGUCACAAAAUUGAAAGUACCUGAUGCUCCAAAGACUACAAUACGAAGUACCUUAAAAUUUGUAAAGGACCUAUUUUAUUAUAAUGCUGCUGCUGAAAAUACAAGAAAACAGGUUGAAAAUUACGACUUUCCUUACCUGAAAUGCAAGACUGCACAGGAAACAUUUGACGCUCUUUUAAAAUCUUUUUCUAGCUUUUUAGUGUAUCCAAUACAUCUCGAGACUUGUACAGAAAACUCAUCUCACUGGAACACCAUGGUACUUUCAAUACUCUAUAAAGCUCAAGGUCAAUUCGAUAAUGAUGUAUACAGUGAUUUUGGAAGAAUAUUAGCUACGACAACACAAGUGGAAAGUGCCGAUAUACCUUCGUCAAUACAGAAAGUGGCUCGUCAAAUUGAAAAGGAUUUGGGUGCAGAGAAAUUUAAGGCCAUGAGCUUACAAGAUGCAGAAAAAUGGCUGAACACCUCGAAUACAUUGGCAAGCGAACUGUACCGUCAAUUUAUUCAAAGACAUGGUCACAGAUGCUUAAAAGAAUUUGACAUCUAUACAAUUCCAUGGGGUCAAGACCAAAAACUCUUCAUAAAAAUUCUCCAAACUUUGUCCAGCUUUGCUAAGGAAGAAAUAAAAAAUUCUGUUGAUGACUAUUCGAAAAUAUUCUCUGAGCUUCGUGUUCCCUUAAAUAUUUUAAACAGGUUGUGUUUGAGAUUUAUUAUUCCGAAUUGUCGAAAAGGUGUGCAGGCAAGAGAAGCCAGCAAAUCCGUAAUAAUCAAAAGCAUCGAUAACUGGAGGAAAGGUUAUCAGUAUUUGGGAAAACUAAUGGUAUCUGAAGGUCGUAUUCCUGACAAAGAUCUCCUAUUCUUUAUGACGAUGGACGAAAUCAGAGAACUUUUAAAAACAAGAUACCCCAAAAUAAUCGCGAGAGCGAAUCAACGAAGAAAAAUCUUCCCAGUAUUAGACGCAUACAAGUUUCCUGAAAUAAUUAGGGGUUUUCCAAAACCAGUAAAUGAAGAGGAUGAAUCUUCAGAUACAACAGAAUACAUAGCGGAUUUAACUAUGCAAGGUAUUCCUGUGAGUCAAGGUGUUGUAAAAGGAUAUGCUAGAGUUGCUGUAUCUUUGGACGAAGCAGCUCAUUUGCAGCCAGGAGAAAUUUUAAUCGCCUACGGAACAGACAUAGGAUGGAGUCCUUAUUUCCCAAUAAUAUCUGGUGUUGUCACUGAGCUGGGAGGACUCAUCUCUCAUGGUGCUGUGGUGAGUCGUGAAUAUGGUCUUCCAUGCAUUGUAGGUCUUCAUGGCGCUACAAAACAGUUUAAAACAGGUGAUUACGUCCUACUAGAUGGUAAAAAAGGAAUACUUAAGAGACUGCCAAGGCCACAAGAAUGAAACAAAAUAAAAGAAAAUUAGUUGAUGUCAUUUUUUUAUAUUUGAAAUUUAUUACAAAAACUUAGGCACAAAAUAUAUAAAAUAUUAAAAAAAACGAAAAUUUUUCUGUUGGUUUAUGAUUGUUCUUUUACUGCAAUUAAAGCCUUUUGUGUGA